UUUAGAACACACUCACGGCGGCGGCAACUCACUCAGCACCCACCCACAAUCUUAUUAUUCCCCCCCGGCGGCUCAGCACACCAACGACACCCUAUACUGCGACACGUCCCAUAUCGCCCCUCCUACGUACCCUCGCUGCACCUGUUUAGACCGCACCGUCGGGCGUUGUUCGGCUCCCAGGGAAUUGGCGUCUGUUUACCACACACGCUCAACGUAAAUCGCGACCGGCGCAGAACCGUCUGGAACUCCGCUUGGCGCAACCACAUCUACGCCGAGAAAAUCCUUAGACAGACCUUUACACACAACGAUUAGUGAUGCAGGCUAUCAAGUGUGUCGUCGUUGGCGACGGUGCGGUCGGAAAAACAUGCUUACUCAUUAGCUACACAACAAAUGCUUUCCCUGGAGAAUAUAUCCCCACUGUCUUUGACAAUUACUCGGCAAAUGUUAUGGUCGAUGGGAAACCCAUUAACCUCGGACUGUGGGAUACUGCUGGACAGGAAGAUUACGAUAGACUGCGGCCUCUGUCGUACCCGCAAACGGACGUUUUCUUGAUUUGCUUUUCGCUUGUGAGCCCUCCGUCAUUUGAGAACGUCCGAACAAAGUGGUACCCCGAAAUCAGCCAUCAUGCGCCAAACACCCCCAUCAUUCUCGUUGGCACUAAACUCGAUUUACGUGAAGACCGGGAGACGAUUGAGAAAUUGCGAGAAAAGCGCAUGGCCCCCAUCACGUACCCUCAAGGUCUUCAGAUGGCCAAGGAGGUCUCGGCCGUCAAAUACCUCGAGUGUUCCGCCCUUACCCAGAAGGGUCUCAAAAACGUUUUUGAUGAAGCGAUCCGUGCGGUCCUAUGCCCUGUAGUUCCUUCGAAGAGGGCCAAAAAGUGCAGUAUUUUGUAGAAUGAUUUAUAACGGUUUCCUGUGAUGUUCAGAAUUACAAUUCUUACGCAACUUCAGUGGUAAUUUCCAUUCGGAGGCGAUGGUGGCGUGAGAGCAUCAGCUUAGAAUACUCGAUUGAAGACAGAGAGGUCUACAUAACAUUCUUCAGGCAAUGC